GCCUGAAUCGCCUCAAAUCUCGCAAUCUUCAAAGUUUCUCAAUCUCCUCCGCCUUCAGGCGAGAUUCGAAACCCCAAUGGCUCUCAAGGCCGUACCCGUGCUAGAGAUCCCCACCCUCGAUCAAGUCCAACAGGUCCACUCCUUCUCCCUUUCCCUCUCCUCUCACACCCCUAAACCGGCGAGAUUUGCCGUAAUCGGCCACCGCGGCAAUGGAAUGAACUCCUUAUCGUCGGCGAUCAUGAGAGAGAAUUCCAUCCUCUCCUUCAACUCUGUUGCCAGUUUACCGAUCUCCUACAUCGAAUUCGAUGUUCAGGUAACCCGCGACGGCGUUCCCAUUAUUUUCCACGAUGAUUUCAUCCUCACCGGAAAUCUCGAUGCCGUCUAUGAACGCCGCGUCACUGAUCUCUCCCUUGAAGAAUUCCUCUCCUAUGGUGCCCAGAGGGAUCCGAAGGCGAUUCGGUCCGGGAAGCCUUUGCUCAGGCGAUCCGCCGAAGGGAGGGUCUUCGAUUGGGUGGUCGAGGCUGACGAUCCGCUCUGCACGCUAGAAGAAGCGUUCCUCAAGGUCGAUCCCCUAUUGGGCUUCAACAUUGAGCUCAAAUUCGACGACAAUCUUGAAUACGCCGAAAAGGAUCUCCUCAAUACUGUCGAAAAUGUAUUUCGAUUGGUGUCCACGAACGCCGGCGCAAGGCCGGUGAUCUUCUCGACAUUUCAGCCGGAUGCUGCGCGGAUAAUCCGGCGGGUUCAGCGAGAUUACCCUGUUUUCUUCCUCACCGACGGGGGGUUGAAGAUCCAUGGAGACGAGAGGAGGAAUUCGUUGGAGGAGGCCGUGAAGCUAUGCGUUGAGAAUGGGUUGGAGGGGAUCGUGUCGGAGGUUAGGGCGGUGUUGAGGAAUCCGGCGGAAGUGGUCAGAAUCAAGGAAGCCAAUCUCCGGCUUCUGACAUAUGGAGGAUUGAACAACACGGCGGAGGUCGUUUAUAUGCAGCAUAUGAUGGGGAUUGAUGGGGUGAUCGUUGACAGGGUGAAGGAGAUGAGCGAGGCGGUUUUGGGUUUUUCGGGCGCGGAGGGCCGAGAGGCGAGGCCGAAUUUCUCGGAGGGACAACUGUCGUACUUGAGGAAGCUUGUUGCCGAGUUAGUGCAGCAGUAGCUAUUAAAACAAAAAACAAGAAAAAAUUGUGGCAGUUUGGGUUUUUAAUUUUUAAUUUUUACUUAAUGCAAAUGAAAUUGGGGCGCUGAAGGUUUUACAAUAUUUUAUUUUACAAAAUUGUGUGAGCUGAAGGCUUCCUUGUUUUUUUUUGCUGUUUUUUUAUCCUCUCACUGUUGGGUUUUUUUUUUUCUAUUUUCUACACAUGUAAUUAGCUUUUACUUAAUGGAAUGAAUGGGCAUGGCCCUUAA